AUGGAAAGGCGAAGCUUUGUUGUGGGAAGUAAACGAAUCGGCCGUAUCGCACAACAAUCCAUAUUUGACGGGCUUGCUAAUAUUGCCGAACCAGGUGUGGACGAAGGCAACAUCGCAGCAGUUGACGCCACGGUUGAAGACGACAUCUGUAUCACAGGAGGCUCUGACCCUGAGGUAACGGUAGGAGGUAAAACUCAUAGCUAAAGUUGCGUGUUAAAAAUGUAGAGAACCGAGCUCGCAAAACGUUGAAAGCAACUGAAAGGCUGGCUUCUAGUUCACUAGCUAUUAAAUACGCUGGGUUACCGGAGAUCUGCCCCAGACAAAUCGCCGACACAACAAUCGAUCAACGGAGCGAAUCAGCCCAUACUGUUAACUUGCCUUUAUGUUAUAAAACCCAUUAAACAGGGGGCUUGAGUGUGCAUCAAAUUUGGAAAAGGUCAUUAAACGUAUUGCCUUUUUUUGCAAUAUUUGCAGUGGCUUAAGCGUAGUUGGAUAAGUAUUACCCCAAGCAAGUACACCAUAAAUUAGGAAGGGAUGUACUAAUGCGUAAUAGAUAUUGAGAAGAAUACUUUUAUUGACAUAAUAUCGAAGUUUAGAGAUAGUCCCUAUAGUUCGUUUAAUCUUUUUUACAAUAUAGUCAACUUGAUUUUUCCAAUUUAAAUGUGAAUCAAUAAGGACACCAAGAUAUUUAAUGCAGAAAUGUCUUUUUAAUUCCUUAUCAUUAAUAUUUAGUUUUAUAUCAUUAUUUAUUUUCUUUUGAGGAGGAUGAAAUAUCACAAAGUUUGAUUUAUCAACAUUUAGAGACAGCUUAUUAGCACACAACCAAACAUGAAUAUUAUGUAAUUUCCUAUUUAGAUUUGUUUGAAGUUCUACAAGAUUCUUAUGUUUGUAAAAUAAGUUAGAAUCAUCUGCAAAAAGGUGGAAAUCCAAGAUUUCCGAGCACCUAUUAAAAUCAUUUAUAUACAUCAGAAAUAAAAGAGGACCAAGAACUGACCCCUGAGGAAUACCACACGUUACUGUAUUAUAAUCAGAUAAAAUAUUGUCUAAGGAAACGUACUGUUGUCUAUUCGUAAGGUACGAAGCAAACCAUUCACUUGCAAUUCCACGAAUUCCAAACUUAUCCAAUUUUUUAAUUAAAAUACUAUGAUCAACUGUAUCAAAGGCUUUACUAAAGUCGAGGAAUAUUCCACAGGAGUAACUUCGCUCCUCUAUUGAUAACUGUAUUUUAUCAAUGAUACUUAAAAUUGCAUGAUUAGUAGAAUGAUUGGCGCGAAAACCAAAUUGUUUUUCAUACAGCAUAUUUCUCUUAUCAAGAAAGUCAAUUAACCUAUUAUACAUAAGUUUUUCCAGCAAUUUAUUAAAUAUAGAAAGAAGUGAGAUUGGUCGAUAAUUGUUUAGACAACUCUGAGAUCCACCCUUAUGAACUAGAACUAUUGUAAUGAAUUGUUAAUAAUUGACAUUUAUGAUAGACGGGUGUAAAGUGGGUGGAGUUUUCUAUGUAACAAAAUGUAUUCAUAUAUUUUUCAAGUAAACAAGUUGUGUCCUUCAAACCAGCGCGUAUUUGUGAUUUAAGAGAGAGAUUUAUAGACAUUACAAUCGGCCGACAUGGAUGUCGGAAAAUCAAGAAAAAUUUGAGAAGGACACAGACAAGCAACGAGAAAACUAAUUCAUACAGCAAACGAAGCUAUCAACGCGGUGUCUGAGGCGGAAACGCUCAGUCGCGAGGACAAAGUGAAACUACGAUUAAACAAGAAUCUUUUGACGGAACAAGAUAAAAAUUUGGAAGAGUUUAAUUCUAAAAUAUUAGCUGGGAUAAAGAAAGUCGAAGAUAUCGAAGACGAAGCGCUCGAGGCCCUCGAAUUUAAGCAGGAAAUACAGCGUGUUUUAGUACAAAUCGAAUUGUUGUUAGAAGGCGACAAAAUAGCUAGACAGUCUAGACAAGAAUCGCAAAAUGUAGCAUCGCCAUCGCUCAGUGAAAUUAGUACCAGUAUGAAAAAGAUGAAUUGCAAGCUGCCAAAAUUAUCUUUACAAACAUUCGACGGCGAUCCAGCGAAUUGGAGUUCGUUUUGGGAUACGUUUGAAUCGGCGGUUGACAAGAACUCAUAGCUCUCAGAAAUCGACAAAUUUAACUAUCUCAAAAGACAACUUAGGGAAUACGCUGCAACAACAGUAGCAGGUUUUUCAUUGACGGCGGAGAACUACGAGGAAGCGAUUAAACUGUUGAAAGAGCGAUACGCGAAUCCUCAAACUAUCAUUUCGAGUCAUAUGGAGAAACUUCUGAAGUUAAAUACAGUACACGAUGCGAACGAUGUAUUGAAAUUACGGGCGUUAUACGAUCAGAUUGAAACAAACAUUCGCAGUUUAAAUGUGCUAGGCAUAAAACCAGAGCAAUUUGGAUCACUUUUAGUUCCAGUAAUCUUAGCAAAAAUACCCAGCGAGCUACAAAUCAUAAUAAGUCGAAAAUUUGACAAAAAUACUUGGGACUUUAAUCUGCUUUUAGAAACAUUUAAAGAAAAGUUACAAGCAUGA